CUUCAUCAUCAUAUUGGAUUGGUUUUCUGCGUAAUCAAUGUAAACUUCUCUACGCUGAUUCAAAUCAAUGUUUGCAAGGAAAUGUAAAGCUACACUAUGCUGCUAUGCAGAUAUUAAUACUAAUUAAAUGGAGCAUAGUUUGGGUAGCUGUUCAUUAUAAAAUGUAUGUGUGUGAAGAUGUACUUCAAGGUCGAUGAUGCUGCAUCAGAUGCUAAUUGCAUUCAUUAUGGUGUUGUUCUGGGAGAGAGUAAUGGCAGAAAUGGGUGACAAGAAUCUCAACAGUACUGCAAUGGCACCAACUAGUACUGAAUUAAGUAUUAUAAAACUAGGUCCAGAGCCAUGUACCCGUACCAUUGAGGAGGAACCAUACCGCUGUCCAGCAAUAGGAUAUGGGCCCAGUUAUUGUUCAAAGGACUGUAGAUUAGCAUGCAAGGAUCCUCUCAUUGCACAUGUGCCUAAUGAUAAUAUAACAGUGUCAUCUUCCUACAAUAACAAAGCUAUGCCAAAAUACUCCAGACUAUAUACUGGGAGAACUGAUCUCCAUUUUGGUUGUUGGAUGCGUGGGGAUACUCGGUACAAUUGGAUACAGGUGAAUUUUGGCUCUGUGAAGCGUAUCCUGAGUGUCGCAACCCAGGGGUGUAAAGAUGAGAGAGAAUGGGUGACAAGAUACAGGAUCAAACACAGAAGACCAGAAGAUAGAAUAUUUAGUACAUUUUCCAUAUCAAAAACAGUAAAUGUGUUCGAGGGAAACUAUGAUAGGGAUACCAUUGUAGUAAAUAAGCUAAUAAAUGAGUUGAACCCGCAAGGUCUUCUGGCUCAAUAUGUACGACUGUUACCAUGGGCAUAUUAUAGAGGUAUUGGGCUCAGAUGGGAACUUUACAGUUCAAUAUGUGAUCCAGAACAAGUGAAAUGUCAUGACCCAGAGAAAAGUUUCCUCUGUCCAGAUCAAACUUGUCAAAAGAAUAGAUGGCGCUGUGGUGGGGCAUACUGCUCAGUAUCAAAAUUCUGGUGUGCGGCUACAGAAUCCUGCGUACCUGACUAUAUGAUCUGUAAUGGCAAAUCUGAUUGUCCCAAUGGUAAAGAUGAAUCAAACUGUCCAGUGAAACCAACAGUAUGGCAUGGUGAUGUAAGUAGUGAAAAUGAUGGACCUAAAAUAUGGCCUAUAGGUUUGGGAGUGUUUGCAGUCGUCCUCGUGGUUGUUAUUGCACUAAUUCGUAGAAGCCACUUCAAACGACAAGCUAUGAGGAAUUCUUCAAGAGAAUACAGCACAAUCUCAAAUAGUGACAAUAGGACACACAAUUCUGCAGCAAAUAAUGCAAUACCCCUACAAGCAAGUGCACCUCAAAUACGAGAUGACGGCAAUCAGCAAACAAAUAAACCUCAAAGACGCACAGGUGGAAUAAAUCCUGAUUAUACACCAGUAAAUGAUGAUAUUGCACCAGUAACUAUUGAUAAUCCACCAGUUUAUACUGACAUUACAUCACAACAACCGCCACCUCCUUCUUAUGAUGAAGUUAUAGCAUCACCAACUCAGUAUCAAAUUACCUGAAAUAUUGAAGGAAUGAACAUCACUUGACAAAUGGAUCAGGUGAAAGUCAUGUGAUUGUCAGACAAGACAAGAUGGAAUACCCCAUAUCUUCAUGAAAAGAAACAUUUGAAUAUAAUGUGCAUAAUCCAUAACAGUG